AUGAAGUUUUCGAUUACCUUUACCGUUGCCUGCGCCACUUUGGCCCAAGCCCACUGCAUUUUCCAAAAAAUCUCAGUGAACGGCAAGGAAUAUGGAUCCCUCGCCGGUCUUCGCGCCCCAAAUCAGAAUAACCCAACGGAAGAUGUCAACUCUCAAGAUAUGAUUUGUGGCAAAGUAGCCACCUCGUCCAAGGAAGUCAUUACCGUGGCACCAGGAGAUAAAAUCGGCGCGUGGUGGCAGCACGUCAUUGGCGGCGCCCAGUUCCCCGGCGACCCGGACAACCCAAUCGCCAAAUCCCACAAAGGUCCCAUCACGGCAUGGCUAGCCAAGGUGCCCAGUGCAGCUUCUACGGGCAUUACAGGCCUCAAUUGGUUCAAAGUAGCAGAGGACAACCUUGACACCGGCUCGGGUCAAUGGGCGGUGGACAAGAUGAUCAACAGCAAUGGAUGGAGCUACUUCAACUUGCCCCAAUGCAUUGCUCCUGGCGAGUACCUGCUGCGUGUUGAGUUGCUAGCUCUCCACUCAGCUCACGCUCAAAGGGGUGCUCAAUUCUACAUUUCCUGCGCCAACAUCAAAGUAACGGGAUCGGGAACAUUCUCGCCGAGCUCGACAGUAAAAAUCCCCGGCGUGUAUCAGCAAAGCGACCCAUCAAUUCUUAUCAGCAUCUAUGGCACUGGCGGUGUUCCUAACAAUGGGGGAAAGCCAUACACAGCACCAGGCCCGAGGCCUAUUACCUGCUAA